CUGCCAGAUUUGCUUCCCUUUCUGGGUCCUGUUCCUGGAUGAGUCAAGAUGGGGUAGAUUUUCACAUUGGAUGCUUGCAGGGACCACUAGGCAUAGGCAGGUUUCAUAGAACCUGCAGCGGCCUGAUGCCCUGGGUCCCCUGCAGACCGGGAACUCCUGCAUUGGGGCUGCUGUGGGCCCAUUAGAUCAUGAACUCAAGUUUUGCAGACUUGGGAAUGGUUCUCUCCUCAAUGUUUUAGGACACUCAGUCCCAUCUGGCUCAGGGGAGACUGUGCAUCAGCCCAGGAUUGUAACCUUUUCAUUUUCUUGGCAACUUACUUUGUAGAGGUACAGAAAUGGGAGUUUUAGAAGGUGCCUGGAAGGGGAAAGAGUGACAUGGUCUGUUACACAGGGAAGGGAACUUGCCUCCCUACAUGUAAGGUGCAGCACGGCUGUGCAGCAGAUGCUCCCGCAGCUCCCACAACGUCCAUCCAGCAACUGGGGUAGAGGCCAUGCAGCUUCAGUAUUCAAGGAGGCCUCACUUGAAGCUGAGACAAAAGGCAGCGCCUGCGGCUUGGGAACUCGAGUCUGAACUGCAGGCAUGACCUAAAGGAGAUUUCUGGGAGGUGCAGUCCCGGGAGGUGGAGCUGCCCCACGGAUUCUGCAUACUGAACACCACUGGCCACGCCUCCGAGGAUUCUGGGUGUUGAAGGCCUGGGGCGGUGCCGCGCUGACUCUUCUGGGUACGGGUGAGUUAGUGCUGGACAGCUGAAGAGGGCCUGAGGAUUCCGGGUACUGAGGUCCUGAAGCCGCCCCGCCAAGGUUUGUGGGUACUGAGGUUCGAACUCGCCCCGCCAGGAUUCGUGGUGUAGACGCGUUGGACCCGCCCACCAGGGAUUCUGUGCACUGAAGUCCUGGAACCGCCCCACCGAGGAUUCUGGGUCCUGGAAUCCUGGAGCCUCCCGCCGAGGAUUCUGGGUACGGACGUCUUUAACUGCCCGCCGAGGAUUCUGGGUUCUGGAAUCCGGCCUGCGCACAGGAUCCCGGGUAGUGUCCUCCGGUGGACGGCCACGCCGAUGCGUAGAGCCUCCGUCUGCCUCCGGCCGAGGACGCAGAGCCACCGUCCCCACCCGCCGUCCGUCCCCGGAGCAGCCCUCCGAGGGGUUCCCUUCUCCAUGGAGAGCAGGAAGGCGGCUCUGGGACCCUGGAAGGCCGGCAGAGAGGCUCUGGUGACGUUUGAGGAUGUGGCUGUGGAUUUCACGCAGAAGGAGUGGAAGCUGCUGAGCCCUGCGCAGAGGACCCUGUACAGACACGUGAUGCUGGAGAACUUCAGCCACCUGGAGUCGCUGGGAAUUCCCUGUUCCAAACCAGACCUCAUCACGUGGCUGGAGCGAGGGGAAGAGCCCUGGAGGGAAGAGAGGAGACACCGGCCAGUCCGCUGUGCAGAGAGACAUCGCAGAAGUGGUACCCAGAGCAGCCUGACAACAUGGGUGGUAAAUAGGGACUUGGGAUUUGGCUUCCUGCAUGGCUGGCAGAAGAGCAGGUUGGCAUGUGGGCACAGUUGCAACUUCCACCCUGUCCUGCCUUCAGACAUCUGCGCCCUCGGUGCUGAGGUCCACCAGAGAGCUUCACGUGGGCCUUCUGAUCUCCGGGACUCAUGCCAUCGGCUCCCCUAGGUCUCAGGCUUUCAGACCCGGCUUCCAGAUGGCGGGUGGUGGGACUUCUGGGGUUCAUAUUUGCAUGAGCCAGUUAGUGUAUCUGCGUGUGUAUAGAUCUCAUUGCUUCUUAGGGGUGACGGGCAUUGUAAAGGGAAAGGAGGGAGUGAGGGAGCACAGGGUCUUGACAGAGUUGGAAAAGUGAAAAUAUUCAAAGUGCAGGACAGUGGGCUGUACUCAGGUCAGCUUCUUAGUGCAGUUAGGAUUCCAUCCCCACAGAAACCAGGAAAACCCCGUCCUCCUUGGUCAGACAGCAUAACGGGCCUGUGUCCUUCAGAAGGAGCUCAGUGGUGUGACCCAUAUUCAUGACUACGCCCUCCUUAGAAAAUGUUCUCAGGAAGGAAGAGGGGCCGAUGCGGCCUGACCUGCGUGCACCAGGCCUUGCACACUACGCCCCUGCCAUCUGCCUCCCAGCUGGGAGAAAUAAAGAAGACAAUGCCUGGUGGCCAUUUUGGGAGGAAUCACCACAAAUUCAUGAGGUUUACCUUCAGCAUGGUCACAUUCUAAGUGAAGAUCUGAGAAAAACUCAUGCUUCCAGCAGGGGAAAGAUAAAGGAACCACUUUGAAAUAUGCCGUGGGGAGAAGUAACUAUUCUGAAAGAUGUCACACACGUACUGACCCACCUAACACGGUCCUGAUCUUGAGACCUACAUCAGCCUCUGACUGGGAGGAAGGGGAGUUGGCCUGCUCCUCCUCCCUCUCGCUCUCCUGUCACACACAGGAGUGGGGGGGCCACUAAGAGAUGCUUCAGAUCCCAAGUAUACCUGAAAACAUUGGGAAGAGCUCAUUUCAACAUGGACAUAAAGUGCAGGCAACCACUUUUUUACUAGAAGCUAAAGAACGUGAACCAUACCUCCUAAAUGUCAAAGAUUCACUGAUUAGUUACAGGGACAUGGGUACACUUUAUGGAAAUUAGUCACAAGAUUUAAAAACACUCUACCCCAAACUUGACCAGCACGUCAAUCGAGCCUAGUAUAGUUGCAGUAAAUUACAACCCAGAGACUCUAUUUAAGAACAAGUUAUUAGGGAAAAACCCACCAGGGGAGACUGAGAGGACACAAGCAGGAAGUGACGCAUCUGACAUGCAGCUACAACAAAUACUAACAGCCCAACUGAGAUAAGUAUAAAACCGCACACUAAAGGCCUGAUUACUUCCAGUUCUGUCAUACCUAACAUCAUUUUUUAAAUUAACAUAUCAUUAAUAUACAAUCUCAUGGAGGUUGUACUUGAGCAGCACUGGUAACAUAAUUUUAAGCAUCCAGCAAAAAAAUGGUAAGGUGGACCCCUCUAGAAAUCAUACUACCAAGAAGAGAGGAGUGAAAUAUUUAACAAAUUGAAAGAAAGAAACCAACCUGGGAUUCUGUAUCCCAUGGUGCUCAUUGAGAAGUGGACAAGAAGGCCUCUCUCAGGCAACAAAAGUGGGAAAUUUUGUCACUAGGCCAGACUUGUAGGAAGUGUUAAAUCUUUCUCAGUGAAAAAAAUGAUAUAUUUAUAUACAUAUGAGAAAUGUACAUGUAUAUGGAUGUACGAUAUAUAUAAGAAUAUCAGUUUUACAUAAAUGAGUUUUGACAAUGAAAUCAAUUUCUCUUAAUGGACAUCCUGAUUUGUUUUCAAAAUAAGAAUAGCAAUAAUGUAUAGCUCUUGAAUAAGUAUAAUGAAUGAACACAGUGAGAAUUGGGAAUACACUGUCAUAAGGUCUCUAACCUGCCCACGAGACAGUACAACGUUUGUUUAGAGGUCCUGCGUGAGUUGUUAAUGUGCUUAUAAACUACUGGAAGCUCUGCAAAUUUUAAAAAGUAAGUGUCAUUGAUUUGUUUAAAGAACAUGGAAUCAUAAAAAGGUCAGUCACAGAAGUGAAAAAAAUACACAGAAAGUGCAGUGAAUACAAAACAAUUAUAUCUAUGGUAGAUACUAAUCCAACUAACAAUUCAUUUCCAGGUAAAGAGCCACAUAUUGUCUGGAAAAUAAUUUAUAUAUAAAUACACACUAUAAGGUAAAAUAAGUGGUAAAAUGUAUAUCAUAGCUACCAUAAACAAAAGCUGGAGAAGCUACAUUGACUUUAAAGGAAGGCAAUUUCAGAGCAAGGAAAAUUAUUCUUGACAAAGAAAGGCAUUGCAUAGUAACAAGGGGAUCAGCACUCCAAGAAGUAACCACAAUCCUUAAUUCCUGUGCACCUAACAGCCUCAAAAUACCUGAAGCAAAACCUGAUAGGACUGCAAAGAGAAACAGACAUUCUUACUGUAAGGUGGCCACUUAAGCAGCACUCUAUCAGUAACUGAAAUAUGCAGAAGGCAGAAAACUAGGACAGAUUUCAACUGAGUAGAUAAUCACUUAUGAUACGAUUGUAUCUGACAUUUACAGAAUAUUUGAUCCCACAGCAGCAGAAUACACAUUUUCUCAUGAACAUAUGAAAUAUUCACCAAGGUGGACACCAUGCUGUGCAGUGAAACCCACCACAAUGUGUUUAAAAGAAGAGACAUGGAUAUAGGCUGAAUUGUGUGUCCCCCCAACCCAACUUCAUAUGUUGACAUCCUGAAACCCAGUAACUCAAUGCGACUACAUGUGGAGACAGGGUGUAUAAGGAAGUAAUCAAGUGUGCAUGAAGUCAGUAGGUGGGGCCCUAACCCAAUAGUUUGCCGUCCUUACAAACAUGAGGAAGUAUGACAUAGGCACAGAGAGAUCAUGUGAAGGCAGCAGAACACAGCCACCCACAAGCCAAAGGGACCUCAGAAGACAUCAACCCUGCUGACACCUUAGUCCUGGAAUUCUGGACUCCACAGCUGUGAGGAACUCCACUGGUGUUCAAGCCCCCCAGUCUGUGGUAAUGAGUUAUGGUGGCCGCCGGAAGCUAAUGCCUGCAUCAUAAAAAGUUUGCUGUGGGAUCAAAUGAAACUAGUACUCAGUAAAAAACGUAAAUCAAUAUACCAAAAUACGUGUAAAUUUAAAAAUGCACUUCUACAUGACACGGGUUGAAGAGAGGUCCCAGGGAAAAAUAUUUUUUAAGUAUUUUGAACUGCAUGAGUGAAAACACAAUUUCUUGCAAUUUGUCUAAUGCACUGAAAGCAUUGUAAAGAGAAAUUUGUACCAGUGAUGCACACAUAAGGAUGGAAAAAAAUAAUUCUUUAAUGUAACCAUCUAUCAUAAAGUUAAAAAGUAAGAGCAGUAUAAACACUAAGCAAGCAGAACAAGAAACUGAACACUGGGCCAGAGAUCAAAGAAACUGAAAAUGGGAGACCAGUAGAGGAAAUGAAGGAUACCAAAAGCUGUUGCAUUGAAAAGACCAAAGAUAUUGAUGAAUCAUUAGGUUAAUUAACAGAAAAGACAAAUUGCUAAUAUCAAAAAGUAAAUGAUGAGCCAGCACUAUUGAUCCCAUGGUAUGAAAACGAUAAUAAAAGAACAUGUAGAACUGUCCACAAAUCUGAUAAAUUGGGAGAAAUGCAUGAAAUGAUUGAAAGCCCCAGCCUAUGAAGGCUCAUACAAAAAGAAAUAGGUCACAUCAGUAAUAUCAUAUCUAAUAAGGAAAUUGAAUCAAUAAUAACCUCCAGAAAGAGAAGUCACUGGGCUCAAAUGGUUUCACUGGUGAAAUCUAUAAAAUAUUCAAAGAAGAAAUUAUGCCAGUUUUCUACAAUGUCUUCUAGGAAAUAGAAGCACAGGGAACACUUCUUAACCCAUUCGCUGAGGACAGUGUUACUAUCCAAAGAAGGGAAAGACAUUAAAAAUAAAACAGACCAAUAGAUCUUAUGAACAUAGUCAAGAAACUCGUAUUAGUACCUAAUGUCCAUUAAUACAUAAAAAUAAUUACAUGACAUGGCCAAACAGGAUAUAUUCCAGUCAUUAAGUUGGGAUCAUCCUUAAAAGUUUUUAUAAUCAGAAAACUUUUGGGUUUUCUUGAUCAUUGAUUUAGUUUGUCCUCUCUCUGCAAGCUUAUGUCUUUGUUUAUUUUCUCAGUAAAGUUUCUUUGAAUCUGCUUUGAUUUCAAGCUUACUUUGAAAUUAAAUUUACUGGUUUUCCUUUUUGUGUUUGUCAAAAUACCACGAAAUUUGUUCGUUACCCUCUUAAUUUCAAUUCAUUCCUGUAUGUUGUAAUAUCACUUUUUAUUUUUGCUUUAAGCCAAGCAUUAUCGUGUUUACAGACCAACACACCUUUAUUUAAUACACUUUUCUUUGAAAUGAGUAUGAAAAUUCAAAAGUCCUCACCAGAUACUUUACGGCAAAUACACUUGCAUUUAAAAAUGGAAAUCUAACGACAUAGAAUACAGAAAGCAGAAUUAAACCAUUACAAGAAAUAUAUUCAUCAGAAGACUUUAAAAAAUGCGUUGAAAAAAUUCUGUGCUUAAAGCAAAACUAAAAAAGUAUGUUACAACAUACUUUAACAUUCAGGAAUAUUUUACAGGUUCAGUGGUAUCCUGAUGAAAGCAUCGAGGCAAAUAAGUAAUUUUAAUUUUAGUGUAAGAAGGCUGAAAAUGUGCACAAAGCCUACAAAUAUGUUAAUGUAGUUUUUCAAUUUCCUUUGCAUUUUUCUCCUUCAUAUUCCUUUUUAUUCAUUUUUCAUUUUAAACAAACACCAUUAUACAUGUGAAAAAAUAUAUGAAAUUACUCUUUUCUGAUUUAAUUUUAAAUUUAAGCUUUGUGUUAAAGAAAACGAUUAUAUAGGCUGUCCAUGGGGUCGGUAGUAUGGCAGGGAGAAUACAGCUAAUGACUCUAACAUUUUACCAUGUUGAGGGACACUGACACAAUGGAGGGCAUGGGGACUUAACAAUAUGGCUGAAUUUUGAGCCACAGUUUUUUGUAAUAGAAAGCAUCAUAAUAUUGUAUAUCAAUGAUACUUUAAUAAAAAGACAGAAUAGAAGAAUAAUUUGCUGGGAACAAGAAGAAAACUUGAUUAUAACAAUCUGGAAAGAUGACAAAAUGGGAAGCCACUGGCAUCUGUCUCCCAACGAUAUACCACGUAGACUGGCAGAACCUGCAUGAUGCAAAUAUUUUGGACUCUGGAGGCUACUGAAGCCUUGCAACUUCCAAGGAAAGCCUAGGAAGGUAACCUGGGGUUAGUUUCUAACCCUUUCAGCUCUUUGCACACUGGCAGCCUCCCGGCCCCAGGGCCGCAGCCAUGCACUCCUGCAGCAGCUUGCACACAACUUGCAGGAGCCGUACAGUGAAGAAAGGAUGAGUCCUUGUCUCAGGGAUCUUGGCUCUGAACGAGGACUGCUGCUUCUGGCCAGAUAGGCCCAAGCAGAGUGUACGUGGUCAUUGUUUUUCCUCCCCUUUGGCUGGAAGACCCUCCCUGUCCAGCAGAAGAGAUUUUCUGGAGACUUCAAGGGCCAGACCCUCUAUUCCUUCAUUUUUAUCAUUUCCCCUAAGGAGCUUUAAUUAAACUGGAAAAUUCAAAAGGAAUUCCAUAUACAGGAAAACUGGACAGUGACCACACAGCCAAAGGAAAGGGUCUGGCGGAAAAAUAAAGGGAGAUUUUAAAUUUACAACUCAGGAUCAUCCUUGUCACAGACACAGCCUUCAACAGUCAAAAAUAAAAGCAUUACCAAAAACACUAAGCCCUGGUGAAGGGGGAGAAUUGAUUUCCACAGAUAACAAAUUGUUAGAUUCAAAUGUCAGUUGUCCACAACAACUAUGAGGCAUACAAUGCACCAGGAAUGUAUGACUCAUUCAAAGAAGAAAAAGUCUGUUUCUGUGAGAGAGCUGAUGGCAGGUGUACAACACGGACUCUAGAGCAAUUGUCUUAAAAGAAUUCAAAGAACUAAGGAGGUUAAGGAAGUCAAGAAUAUGCAUGGACCAAAUGGAAAUAUUAAACAGAUGGAAAACCUAAAUAAAAAACAAAUUGGAGAUCUGCAGCUAAAAAUACACUAGCUGCAGCAAUAAAUUCACUAAAGGGAUUCAAAGACAAUUUUGAGCAGACAGAAUAAAGAAUUCAGGAACUUGAAUUUAAGAUAAUGGAAAUGAAUGAAUCAGAGGAACAGGAAGAGAAAACUGAAGAAAUGUAAAAAACCCUGAAGAGAAAUUCAGAUGGUCAGCAGACACGUGAAAACAUGCUCCACAUGGCUAGCUAUCAGACAAAUGCAAAUUAAAACCACAAUGAGAUAUCACCUAACACCAGUAAGGAUCGCCACCAUCCAAAAGACAAACAACAACAAAUGUGGCUGAGGUUGUGGAGAAAGUGGAACCCUCCUACACUGCUGGUGGGAAUGUAAACUAGACCGACCACUGUGGAAAGCAGUAUGGAGGUUCCUCAAAAAGCUCAAAAUAGAAAUUCCAUUGACCCAGGAAUUCCACUCCAAGAAAUUUACCCUAAGAAAAUGCAGCAGUCCGGUUUGAAAAAGGCAGGUGCAUCCCUAUGAUUAUGGCAGCACUAUUUACAAUAGCCAAGGAAUGGAAGCAACCUAAGUGUCCAUCAGUAGAUGAAUGGAUAAAGAAGAUGUGGUAUAUAUACACAAUGGAAUAUUAUUCAGCCAUUAGAAGAAAACAAAUCCGACCAUUUGCAACAACAUGGACAGAACUGGAGGGUAUUAUGCUCAGUGAAAUAAGCCAGGUGGAGAAAGACAAAUACCAAAUGAUUUCACUCAUCUGUGGAGUAUAAGAACAAAGAAAAAACUGAAGGAACAAAAUAGCAGCAGAAUCACAGAACCCAAGAAUGGACUAACAGUUACCAAAGGGAAAGGGACUGGGGAGGAUGGGUGGGAAGGGAGGGAUA